AUGAAUGAUUUCAAUGAGGAUGACAUACUAUUUGAUGUUAAUAUUGAUAAGAAUGUUGAAUGGGGUGCGUUAGGAAGGCAUGAGCCUAAUAAUCAAAAAAUUGAGGUACCUCAUAUUGACUGCCUAGAGCCUAAUGCUACAUCUGAUGAACUCAAAAGCAUUGAUGGAUCUUCUGAUGAAGAGGAUGUAAGCAAUAGGGUUAGAUACCUAGAGUUUAAUCCAAAUAUAGACAUGGCAGACCCACAAUUCAAGGUUGGCAUGGUUUUUGGCACUUCAAAAAUAUUCAUAGUUGCUAUUAAGGAGCAUGGUAUGAAGAUUGAGAAGGCUAUUGAGUUAGUAAAAAUUGAUAGCAUGAGGGUUAGGGCCACUUGUAAGCCACCGUGUCAGUGGAUACUUUAUGCAUCCAAGAUGCAACAACAACCACCAUUCCAAAUAAAGACAUAUGUCCCCACUCAUAAUUGUGUGCAGUCAUUCAAGCAAGUUGUGCAAAAGGAUCACAAGAUUGGGAUAUCAAGGAGCCAAGUGUAUAGGACAAAGAGAAAAGCACAAGAAUUGAUAGAAGGAAGCCUGAUGGAACAAUAUGCCAAGUUAUGUGACUAUUGUGAGCAGAUAAAAAGAACUAAUCAAAGGAUAACAAUCAUAGUGAAGGAAGAUGACGAGGACUCAGAAAAUGAAGAACAUGAAAUAGAGUAA